UGUGCCUCCCAGAACCUGCUCCUCCCCAGGCUUCCCCAGCCCAUCUCCAGAGCGCCCUUCUCUCACCACUUUACAUAAACGAAUGUACCCAAGAUCCCCCAUCAGUUCUCCAUGCAGCUGCCAGAGUGACUGCCCCCAAAGCAAACCACGUCUCUAAGGACUCUGGCCAGGCCCUCACAGCCUCCUGCCAGGCUCUUGCUAUCCAUCAACAGCAAGACCCCCAGGCCAUCUCAAUCCCCGCAAAUAGCUCUGUUCCCUCCAGCCCCACGGCUUCUGUUCACCUGCCGUGCUGUCCCCGCCUCUGCCCACCCACUCAUCCUGCAGAUCUGGAGCAGCAUUCCAGGGCCUGCCCAUCACCUCUUCAUGGCCACUGCCUGCCAGGAGGCUAACUACGGUGCCCUCCUCCAGGAGCUCUGCCUCACCCAGUUCCAGGUAGACAUGGAGGCCGUCGGGGAGACGCUGUGGUGUGACUGGGGCAGGACCAUCGGGAGCUACAGGGAGCUGGCCGACUGCACCUGGCACAUGGCGGAGAAGCUAGGCUGCUUCUGGCCCAACGCAGAGGUGGACAGGUUCUUCCUGGCAGUGCACGGGCACUACUUCAGGGCCUGCCCCAUCUCAGGCAGGGCCGUGCGGGACCCGCCUGGCAGCGUCCUCUACCCCUUCAUCGUGGUCCCCAUCACGGUGACCCUGCUGGUGACGGCACUGGUGGUCUGGCAGAGCAAGCACACAGAGGGCAUCGUGUAGGCAGGGCCCAGGCUGCCGUGCACCCAGGCUUCAGGGUGAGGCCAGGCAGGCCUGGGUGGGGGCAGCUUCUGGAGCCUUGGGACAGAGCAGGCCCGCAAUACCCCCCCUUCUUCCAACCAAGAAGAGCUCACAGGAGUCCAAAGUAGUCGAGGCUCUGGCAUUAACCUGGAAGCCCCCCCUGGCUGGAGGCCACUUCCACCCUAGGAAGGGGGCAGGGACGUGACCCCAACUUACCUCUGGAAAGGGUCCCAGCCCAGGCUGCUUACCCCAUAGCCACAUUUGUGGAUGAGUGGUUUGUGAUUAAAAGGAUGUUCUUGAACUUGGAAA